UGGCUCCGCGCGCGACUCAAGAGGGAGCAGAAGUUCCGUUGUGACCUGGCGUGGAGUAAGGGCCUGAUGGAACUCGGGGAACGUGUUCGGGUAGCUUGCAAUGAAGCCGACCUCCGCAUGAUCUCCGAGAUGGGUGUCAAGGCCCGUGAUCGCAACAAUGCCCGAACUCCAACUGAGAAGCUCAAGACAGCCGUUUCCAUGGUCAAGGCCAUCGUUCGAAUGCAAAGGAUGGGGCGCGAGUGGAAGAAGACGACAAAGCUAGGUGAGGGCCUCAAGCGGGCUAAGAAUGAAGUUAUAAAGAGGAGGGAGAGGGAGUCAUUAAAGGCAUAGAACUGCACUCCGUCCCUCCCGCAUUUUUGGAAGCUCUUUUCCCUUUUUUGUUUAUAUUGAAUAAGUGAUUCCCCAGCGAUGAUUGUGGCCUUUAUUGAUUUUGCCUUCGUGUUUUGCUUUCAUUUACAUGUAUUGGCGUUUCCCUGGAGU